CUGGAACUUGGGCUGCCUGAUGGUCCCUAUAUGAAAGAUGUAGUAGGGAAAAGGAGCGACAGCUGGCUAAAGGGGCCCCCCACAACCCUCCCCGACACCCUAGGAGAGCAGCCUCUCUCCGCUGGUCCCAGGGUGCCAUGGAGAUGGAGAGCGCGGCGGCCUCCACACGUUUCCACCAGCCUCACAUGGAGAGGAAGAUGAGUGCGAUGACCUGUGAGAUCUUCAACGAGCUUAGGCUAGAGGGCAAGCUCUGCGACGUGGUCAUCAAGGUCAAUGGCUUUGAGUUCAAUGCCCACAAGAACAUCCUCUGUAGCUGCAGUUCCUACUUUAGAGCUUUGUUUACAAGUGGCUGGAACAACACUGAGAAGAAGGUAUACAACAUCCCCGGCAUUUCCCCCGACAUGAUGAAGCUAAUAAUCGAAUAUGCCUACACCCGGACCGUCCCUAUCACACCGGACAACGUGGAGAAGCUUCUGGCUGCUGCCGACCAGUUUAACAUCAUGGGUAUUGUCAGGGGUUGCUGCGAGUUCCUCAAGUCGGAGCUGUGUUUGGAUAACUGCAUCGGCAUCUGCAAGUUCACGGACUACUACUACUGCCCCGAGCUGAGGCAGAAGGCCUACAUGUUCAUACUGCACAACUUUGAGGAGAUGGUGAAAGUUUCAGCAGAGUUUUUAGAGCUCUCAGUCACCGAACUUAAGGAUAUCAUUGAGAAAGAUGAGCUCAACGUCAAACAAGAAGAUGCUGUCUUUGAGGCCAUUUUAAAAUGGAUUUCUCAUGACCCCCAAAAUAGGAAGCAGCAUAUUUCAGCUUUGCUUCCCAAGGUUCGCCUGGCCCUCAUGCAUGCUGAAUACUUCAUGAACAAUGUUAAGAUGAAUGACUACGUCAAAGACAGUGAGGAAUGCAAGCCAGUCAUCAUUAAUGCCCUGAAGGCCAUGUAUGACCUGAACAUGAACGGACCUUCUAAUUCUGACUUCACCAACCCCCUCACCAGGCCCCGCCUGCCCUACGCCAUCCUGUUUGCAAUUGGUGGCUGGAGUGGUGGGAGCCCCACCAAUGCCAUUGAGGCAUAUGAUGCUCGGGCAGAUAGAUGGGUGAAUGUCACUUGUGAGGAAGAGAGUCCUCGUGCCUACCAUGGGGCAGCCUAUUUGAAAGGUUAUGUUUAUAUCAUUGGGGGGUUCGAUAGUGUAGAUUAUUUCAACAGUGUUAAGCGUUUUGACCCAGUCAAGAAAACUUGGCACCAGGUGGCCCCAAUGCACUCCAGACGUUGCUAUGUCAGUGUGACAGUCCUCAGCAAUUUCAUUUAUGCCAUGGGAGGAUUCGAUGGCUACGUGCGUCUCAACACUGCUGAACGUUACGAGCCAGAGACCAAUCAAUGGACACUCAUUGCCCCCAUGCAUGAACAGAGGAGUGACGCGAGUGCCACCACACUCUAUGGAAAGGUCUACAUAUGUGGUGGGUUUAAUGGGAAUGAAUGCCUGUUUACAGCAGAAGUGUACAACACUGAGAGUAAUCAGUGGACAGUCAUAGCACCCAUGAGAAGCAGGAGGAGUGGAAUAGGCGUAAUUGCUUAUGGAGAACACGUAUACGCAGUAGGUGGCUUUGACGGAGCUAAUCGACUUAGGAGUGCAGAAGCCUACAGCCCAGUGGCUAAUACUUGGCGCACGAUCCCCACUAUGUUUAAUCCUCGUAGCAAUUUUGGCAUCGAGGUGGUAGACGACCUCUUGUUUGUGGUGGGUGGCUUCAAUGGCUUCACCACCACCUUUAAUGUUGAGUGCUAUGAUGAAAAGACCGACGAGUGGUAUGAUGCCCACGACAUGAGUAUCUACCGCAGUGCUCUGAGCUGCUGUGUGGUCCCAGGGCUGGCCAACGUUGGGGAGUAUGCAGCUAGAAGGGACAACUUCACGGGAUUAGCCCUGCGAGAUGAAGUAAAGUACUCCGCUUCGACAAGUACCCUACCUGUAUGAGCCUCUUCAUUUAGCUAA